AUGGCUACUCUGCGUGCCUGUCUGUCGUUCCCCCGCAUCUUCCGCCACCCGCGGCGCAACUUCUCAAGCACGAGACCGUCCAGCGCCGACGUCACCCAUGCAGUAAGACUCCCUACUAGAGACACAACCCAUUCCGCGUUGACGCUGUGCUUAUACAUCGCCCAGGUUAUCGGCGGCGGCGUGGUCGGACUCGCCGUUGCGCGACAGCUGGCCGCGAGGCCGGGCACCUCGACCGUGCUUCUGGAGCGGCAUGACGCCCCGGGAACAGAGACCAGCAGUCGGAACUCCGAGGUCAUCCACGCAGGACUCUACUACGGAACGGACACGCUAAAGACGACGCUCUGCAUCCGCGGCAAGGAGCUGAUGUACGACCUCUGCCGCCGCCAGGACAUCCCGCACCGCAACACGAAGAAAUGGAUCGUCGCGCAGAACGACGAGCAGUGGGAGGCGUGUCUGCGCGUGCACGAGCACGCCCAGCGCAUCGGGGUGCCGACGCGGCUGGUCGGGGCGGAGGAGGCGGCGCGGCGGGAGCCCGCGGUGCGAGCGCGCGCCGGCAUCGUCGAGAGCCCGACGACGGGGAUCGUCGACAGCCACGCGCUCAUGACGUACCUGCAGGGCGACUUUGAGGACCGCGGCGGCGACUGCGCGUUCCUGACGCGGGUGACGGGCAUCGAGGCGCUGAACGGCGGGCGCGACGGGUACCGCAUCACGGCGGAGUCAGGGGCGGACGGCGAGCCGACGACCAUCACGGCGGAGACGCUGAUCAACAGCGCGGGCAACGGCGCCUGCGCCAUCAACAACAUGGUGCUGCCGGCCGCGCGACACCGCACGCCGUUCUACGCCAAGGGCACGUACUUCUCGUACUCGGCGUCGCGGCCCACGACGUCCGUGCUGGUGUACCCGGCCACGCUGCCGGGGCAUGGCGGGCUGGGCACGCAUCUGACCCUGGACAUGGGCGGGCGCAUCCGGUUUGGGCCCGACGUCGAGUGGGUGGACGACCCCUCCGAUCUGAAACCCAGCCCUGCGCGGCUGCAGCAGGCGCUCCCGGAGAUCCGGGCGUAUCUGCCGGAUGUCGAUGUGGAUGCCAUCGGUCUGGAUUACUGUGGCAUCCGGCCUAAGCUGGGACGCGGUGGCGCGGUGAACACGGGCGCCGGGUUCCAGGACUUUGUCGUCCAGGAAGAGGAGGGAUUCCCGGGGUUUGUCAAUCUGUUGGGGAUUGAGAGUCCUGGGUUGACGAGUUCAUUGGCUAUUGCCGAGAUGGUGGAGAGGCUGUUAUACCGGUGA